GUUGUUCUUCUCAAUUGUGUUGUUAUGACUUUAAACAAGCCUCCAGAAAGUUUCAAAAAUGCUGAGAUUGCUUUCACAGUUAUUUAUACAGCUGAAUUUGCCAUAAAAGUAGUGGCAAGAGGAUUUGCUUUGAAUGAAUUCACAUAUCUGCGAGACCCCUGGAAUGUGCUGGAUUUAUUUGUUUUAAUUAUGACAUAUCCAGCCUUGUUUUGUACUUUUGGUAGCAUUUCAGUUAUCCGAAUAUUCAGGGUUCUGAGAACUUUAAAAGCUGUUUCUGUAAUCCCAGGGCUGAAAGUCAUUAUUACCUCACUCCUUCAGUCUAUCAAGAAACUUGCCAAUGUGAUGCUCCUGACAGUUUUCUUCUUGGCUGUCUUUGCCCUAGUUGGCCUCCUACUCUUCAUGGGCAACUUAAAAUAUAAAUGUGUUCAUAAUUCUUAUCUUAAUGUGAGUGUCAACCAGGAUUCAUGCAUGCCAGAGGAUCCAGAAAUGUACCAGAAAGUGAAAGACUCUUCUGACAUAUUGCUGUGUGGAUACACGUCAAAUGGCACCUCUGAAUGUCAAACUGGCUAUUUUUGUCGAAAACAUGGGGGAAAUCCUGACUAUGGGUACACAAGUUUUGAUCAUUUUGGCUGGGCCUUUCUUUCAUUGUUCCGACUGAUGACACAAGACAGCUGGGAACGUCUUUAUCGGCAGGUUAUCAGAACAUCUGGGAAAACCUAUGUCAUCUUUUUUGUGAUAAUCAUCUUUCUGUGCUCAUUUUAUCUAUUUAAUUUAAUCCUGGCUGUUGUAACAAUGGCAUAUGAAGAGCAAAACAAGGCAACACUUGCACACACAAAGGCAAGGGAGAUGUUGCUUCGUGAAGCAAAAGAAUUACUAAGGAAGGAAAAGGUUUUUACUGCCAUAUUUACAGUUGAAAUGAUCUUCAAAAUCAUUGCACUUGAUCCCUACUACUAUUUUCAAGAAGCUUGGAAUAUUUUUGACUUCUUUUUGGUUAUCAUGGGCAUAAUACUGAGAAUCUUCAAGUUGUCAAAGUUUUGGCCGGCAUUAAAUAAGCUCAUGAAAAUAAUGUGGAAAUCAGUGGGCCCACUAGGUAACCUCACCCUUGUUUUGAUUUUCACCGUAUUCAUUUUUGCUGUGGUUGGCAAGCAGGGCUUUGGGCAAUGCUACACAAAUGCUCAAGUGAACUGUACCAUUUGUGUCAGUGACAAUAUUAAUGCCACCAAUCAAUGUAAAUUACGAUGGCAUAUGGAAGACUUCUUACAUUCAUUCCUUAUUAUAUUCCGGAUUCUGUGUGGCGAAUGGAUCCAAACCAUGUGGGGCUGUAUGGAAGUUGCUGUGGAUGGAUGGUGCAUUGUUCUGUUCAUGCUGGUCCUGGUGUUAGGAAACCUAGUGGUCCUCAACCUGUUUAUCGCUUUACUUCUCAGUUCCUUCAGUAGCAGUAAUCCAGAAACUGAGGCAGAUGAAAAGGGAGCUAAACCUCAGGUGAACUUGGCUCACAUUCACAGGGGGUUGCAAUUUGUCAAAGGUUUGCUGUGGAAUCGGUGUUGCAAUGUACUCAUGCAAAAGCUGAAGACAGGAAGUCCAAAGAACAAGGAGGUGACUAUUAACAUCCAAAAGGACGGUGCCACGGAGCCUGUAAAAGCAGUUCAGCAGAACUAUGCAAGUGGUAAAAAUUGGGAGACAUCGCCAAUGGAUAAUUUGAUGGCAGACUCUAAUAAAUUCGUCUGUAUCCCCCUUGCUGAAGCAGAGUCCCCAAGUGAAGAGGAAGAGUUUGCAGUCACAGAAACUGAUUGCAACAAACAGGAGAACCAGUUGCGAAAGAGGAGAGAGAAAUUCAAAAGGUCCAGACAGAGACUAUCUUCUCAGAUUUCUGAAAGUACAAGUGUUUGGCCUUUGGAUGUUCCCAGGAGGUUGGAUGUUGACACCAGCUGUUCUGAGGCCAGCACAGCAGAUGGGAAGUCUCCUGCCUGCUAUUUGCCUGCAAUCAAGAAAGAGCCUAAGGACUGUUUUCCACAAGUUUUUGUCAAGUUGUUCCCCUGUUCAGUGAAUAUUGAUAAAUUUCCAGGCAACACUUGGUGGAGGUUUAGAAAAACCUGCUACAAAAUUGCAAAGCACAAUUGGUUUGAAUCAUUUAUCAUAUUUAUGAUAUUACUGAGCAGCGGUGCUCUGAUCUUUGAAGACAUUUACCUUAACAAGAGAAAGACCAUAAAAAUGAUACUGGAAUAUGCAGAUAUUUUUUUUUUCUACAUUUUUUUGCUGGAGAUGCUUCUGAAAUUGGUGGCUUAUGGCUUCAGGAAGUAUUUUACUAGUGCCUGGUGCUGGCUUGAUUUCUUUAUUGUAUGUGUUUCCUGUCCUUUGGUAACGACAACAUUCAAGGGAAAAGAUCUGUGUGACAGUAGUAUCUCAAUAAAAUCUCUCAGAACUCUGAGAGCCCUUAGACCCCUUCGAGCACUGUCCAGAUUCAAAGGAAUAAAGGUUGUAGUGAGUGCGCUCGUAGGAGCUGUCCCUUCCAUUGGAAAUGUGAUGCUUGUCUGUGUUGUUCUCUGGCUCCCAUUUAAUAUCCUAGGAGUACAACUGUUUGGAGGGAAAUUUGCGAGCUGCACCAACACAUCUGUUCCAGUUGCAAAUAAAACGGAUUGUGAAUUCCACAAUUUCAGAUGGAUCAAUAAGGCUGUCAACUUUGAUCAUGUUGGGAAUGGGUAUCUGGCUCUCCUCCAGGUGGCAUUCUUUAAAGGCUGGAUGGAUAUUAUGUAUGCUGCAGUAGAUGCACCUUCAAAAGCUUAUGAUCAGCCACGUUUCGAAAAUAAUGUGUUGGCAUAUAUCUAUUUUGUGGUUUUCAUCAUAUUUGGAUCGUUCUUCAUGCUGAACCUAUUCAUUGGAGUUGUUAUUGACAAUUUCAACCAACAAAGGAAAAAGCUAGGUGGAGAACUCAUUUUUUUGUCAGAUGAGCAGAAGAAAUAUUAUAAUGCACUAAAAAAACUUGGUAGCAAGAAACCACUUAAGCUCAUUCCACGGCCACAGAACAAGUACCAAGGAUUUCUUUUUGAUAUUGUAAACAAGCAAGCAUUCGAUAUUUUCAUUAUAAGUCUCAUUUUGUUGAAUGUGGUGAUCAUGGCGGUGGAACAUGAAGGCCAAGAACAGGGGGCCAAGAACCUUCUCGACAUUAUAAAUAAUGUCUUUGUCACCAUCUUUACGGGAGAGUGCAUCAUCAAAAUGUUGGCUUUGAGGCUAUACUUCUUCAAAGACUACUGGAAUAUAUUUGAUUUUGUGGUUGUGAUUCUUUCAAUACUUAGUUCUGCAGUUCUACAACUUCAGAAAGUGUUGAACUUCCCCCCUACAAUCCUGAGAGUCAUUCGAGUUGCCAGGGUUAGCCGGCUCCUGAGACUAAUCAGAGGAGCCAGAGGGCUCCGGACCCUCCUUUUUGCAUUACUGAUGUCCCUUCCGGCUCUUACCAACAUUGGGCUUCUUCUUUUUCUGAUCAUGUUCAUUUAUGCUAUUUUUGGUAUGGCUAACUUUGCCUGUGCUAGUUGGAAAGGAGGGAUUGACAACAUCUUCAACUUCCAAACCUUUGGCAGUAGUAUGCUUUGCCUUUUCCAAAUAACAACAUCUGCUGGCUGGGAUGAACUUCUCAAUCCGAUGCUAAACAGUGAUAGUAGCAGCAUUUGUGCUCCCAAUUUACACAGAAAAGGCAUAAAUGGUCGCUGCGUAAACUGGGGGGUAGCAAUUGCCUAUUUUGUAAGCUACAUCGUUAUAUCAUUCCUCAUUGUUGUUAAUAUGUACAUCGCUGUCAUCAUAGAGAACUUGAAUGUUGCCACUGAAGAAAGCACUGAGCCUCUAGGUGAUGAUGAGUUUGAAAUUUUUUAUGAGAUUUGGGCAAAAUUUGAUCCUCAAGCAACCCAGUUUAUUUCUUAUUCAGCACUUUCAGACUUUGCUGAUGCUCUGACAGAACCUUUACGGAUACCCAAACCAAACAAACAAGAACUGAUGGCAAUGGACCUUCCUAUGGUCAAUGGAAAUAAAAUCCACUGUUUGGACAUUUUAUUUGCUUUUACCAAGAGGGUACUGGGAGAGUAUGGGGAAAUGGAUUCAUUUGAGAGCCAGAUAGAGGAAAGGUAUCCAAAGAAGAUUACCUAUGAACCCAUUGUAACAACUCUCAAGCGCAAACAGGUGGAAUCUGCCAUCGUUAUCCAGAGGGCUUUCAGGAUGCAUCUCCUUCACCGUGCAAUGAAAGAAGCUUGUCAGGAAGCCUGUGGGAAUAGCCCCUUGGAAAGCAUAUGUGAGGAGGAAUGUGCAUCUGCAUUCACAUUGAAUGAAAGUGAAGACAACUAUUCAAAUAAUUCCCAGAGUCCAUCUUCUAUAUCUGUUCCUCCAUCUUACAGUAAUGUCACAGACACCACUGAUAGUCCUCAAGUGAAGAUCACAGACUUUAGUAAUGACCCCGAGUGAUCUACAAUUCGCUGUUUUUCUUGUCACAAAAUAAUUUUCCAGGAACUGAAAUACUGUAAUAAUAAUUCCAUCAUUAUAGCCACCUUUAUUUGACGUGUUUAACUGUGAUGUUUUCCCAUUUAUUUAUCCCCUUAAAGCUCCUCAGGAGGAAUAAAUAUUGCAACUAGAAAGUCAGGGGGAAAAAGUUCUGUACUUUUUCUGCUUAGCUCUAUGAAUUCAUUAGUUAGCAUACUAUUUUGGUAGCUAUUAGGGACUGUCCCCAUCCAAAACCACAAGCCACUUUAUCUCUAAAUGCUACCUGGUUAAUCCUCCACUUAUUCAACAAUACAUUCUGGAUUUGGAGAGAGCCUGCUGUCCAGAAUAAUCUAGCCUGAGGCAUGGGGCUACUAAUAUUACAUGCAAGAAAAUGUCAGAUUCUGCUCCUUUGUAGUUGAAGACAAGGCAAAGGUGAUCUGUAGCCAGCCAAAGCUAGUGUUGACUAGUUAGCAAACCAUACCUGGAUGUUUUUGUAGGGGUAAAGGGUAUCACCUGACUUGCUCUGUCUUCUGACUGGUUUCUCAUUUGUUCUUUGGCCAGAGCUUGGUGAUGAUGCAUAGGUUGUAUCCCUAUUUGACAUGUUUCAUGUCACCUGUUCAAGAUCUGCCAUGGGUUCAAGACUGAGUUCUGUCUCAGAGCCUUUCAGAUUUGCUUGAAAGGGGUAUCAGUAGCAAGCCAAUCUGCUUAGGAGAGAAAUGCCUCCCUCUGAAUCCAAAUUUGUUUUUAUUGAAUAUAUCACAGCUGCUCCUCUCAUUAUAAAGACAUUGUAAAUGUCCAUGCAUGAAAGUAAUCUUUACACAACAUAAUAGUUAAAUUGUGUGGGGAAAUUAUAAUUCCUGUAAAACAUACCGCAAUUGCAUUUUUCUACCCAUAGGAGUCUGGCUGCAUGCAUUCACACAAUAUUUUAAAAUAAGAAAUGGGAUUACAUCAACAUGAUACAUAUAAAUACACACACACACACACACACACGGCCAAGCAAACAAAUGUACCUGCUUUAUGUAUGUAAUAAAAACAAUAUUUCACAAAUUAUAACAAUUAAAUGUUUUUUUUAAAAAAAA